GCGGGAAAGCGGCGGCGAGCGCGGCUGCGGCACCGAUGGCUCCUGCCGGCGGCAGCGGCGCCUCCGCGGCGGGGAAGAUGGCGCCGUCGCACGUCCUCAAGUGCUGCCAGAGGGUGCUGGCGUGGGUGCCCGUGGCCUUCAUCGCCUUGGUCGUGGCCUGGUCCUACUACGCCUACGUGGUGGAGCUCUGUGUGUUUACAAUUACCUCAGCUGGAGAAAAAGUUGUCUACCUUGUGAUUUUUCAUCUGUCGUUUGUAAUGUUUGCGUGGUCCUAUUGGAAGACUAUUUUUACAUUUCCUGCCUCCCCUUCCAAUGAGUUUUGCUUAUCAAAAACCGAUAAGGAGCAAUAUGAAAAAGAAGAGAGGCCAGAAUCUCAGCAGGAAAUUCUAAGAAGAGCUGCUAAAGAUCUGCCUGUCUAUACUACAACAACAUCAAGAGCUAUUAGGUACUGUGAUAGAUGCCAGCUAAUCAAACCUGAUCGAUGUCAUCACUGUUCUGCCUGUGACCUAUGUGUACUGAAAAUGGAUCAUCAUUGUCCUUGGGUGAAUAACUGCGUGGGAUUUUCCAACUACAAGUUUUUUCUCCUCUUUUUAUUUUAUUCCCUCCUGUAUUGUCUAUUUGUUGCUGCUACGGUCCUGCAAUAUUUCAUAAAGUUUUGGACAAACGAACUACCAGACACCCGUGCAAAAUUCCAUGUUCUUUUCCUUUUCUUUGUGGCUGCCAUGUUCUUCAUCAGCAUACUGUCAUUGUUUAGUUACCACUGCUGGCUAGUUGGUAAAAACAGAUCAACAAUAGAAGCUUUCCGGGCACCGAUGUUUCGAAAUGGGCCUGACAAAAAUGGCUUCUCUCUUGGAUGUCAAAAAAACUUAAGAGAGGUUUUUGGAGAUGAAAAAAAAUACUGGUUGCUCCCCAUUUUUACAAGCUUAGGAGAUGGUUGCAACUUUCCAACACGCCUGGUGAUUAUGGAUCCUGAGCAGCUCACUGUCUCAAGUCAGAAUGAAACUGUUAAAAGCUCUUCUACUAGUCAGCCAUUUCCUACUAGGCCACUCAGUGAAUCUCAAAAUCGAUUACUUGCCGGUGAAAACCAGUGGGUGGAGGUCAGUUCAGAAGAUGAAAUUGUUAAAUCAGGUGUAAAAAAACAUAUUAUAGUUUCAUUGGAGAGCUGAUCUUAUUUCAAUGUCAGUUCCUUUCAGAGAAGGGGAAAUGAUAGAUUUCUACAAUACAUUUGUGCUUGGAUAUUAAUUUUUUAAGAAAGACACCGAUAAAUCAAUGGAACAGUUCCGGCAUGUUAACAAGAUAUGGAAAGUGAGAUCCUUGAUGGUAUCCAGUGGAUGUUUAUAAGCACCUGCAGUGCAGAAAGUCUGAUGCCUUAAGAUUCUUGAUGUGCAUUUUUGCAACAUGGACAUAAGCUAUUACAAGGGCCAAAUUCUGAAAUGCCCUGCAAGGGUCCGCAAGACUCAAAAGUGCAGAAACUAUGCAUUCCAGCUGCAGUGUGGUAGAAGGGGCUGAUUCUGCAAACUUCAUGUGUGAGGCAAUGCCAUGCUGCUGUCAUGUAGAAAUUACUUUCAUAACAGUUCUGCAGGAGAAAAGUGGGGUGGGAUGGAGUAGUACAUAUACUUUACCAUAGCAUUUCACCAUUGAAACUCCACAGUACAGUUAUAUGUGGUUCAAAGUUCAUCUGGUGGACUACUGGCAUCAUGUAUUUUAGUUGUUUUUCCAUUACCAUUAUGAGAUAACCAGUAGUACUGGUAGGUGUUACGAAGCAGACAGUUCAAAACUAUGACUUCUUAACUUUCUCUAAUAAUAGUUCUUUUUUUUUCAGACUUGCUUUGUUGCAAUACAGUAUUAUUGCAAUACAGUAUUGGAGAAGCAAGGUUUCUUCUCAGCUCACUAGCAAUUUGAUGCACUAGUCGAGAUAAUUAGUUUUCUGAGCUAUUUUGUCAUUAUUUUUAAGAGAACCAGUAUUUUAAUUUCUUGGAAAUGUGACUGGUCUAGGCCACACCAGGAAUGUAAUUCAUUUAAAUGAUGUUCUCCCCUCCCUUUUAGAAUAUUUAAUAAUAGUGAAUAUUACUUCCAAGCAUUUCUGGUUAGUAAGCCCAAUAUACAUAUCCUUUCUGAAGUCUGCUGGUUACUCAGACCGUGAACAGAAAUCAUUCCUUCCUUUUUUCCUUCUGUUCUUGCUUCCUUCAGUAGAAAAGAAGCAGGUAUAAAAGUGUUAUUAUGGGAUUGGAUUUCACAACUAUCUGCACUAGGAACAUUUAUCGAGUGAAGUAGGGAAGGAACUGGAGAAGGAGGGCCUUGUUCACACCCACCUGCUUCCAUCAUUCAGAAUUCCCCUCCUUCUCUAACCAUCUCUGAUCAUGGAUGCAGUCCUGUCCUUUAACAAUACUGAUGUAUAAUUUCAGUACAGUGAUAAAUGCUUACCUUGAUCUGCUUAUUAAGGGAGGGUAGCAAGACACUGGAUGCUUGACUCUGACAAGAGCUGUAUGCAUGCACUUCCUUUCCCACAAAUCAUCAGCCCUCCAAGCAAUGAUCUGGUUAUUACUACCCUUAACAGUGUUUCUCAACCUUGGCAGAUUUAAGAUGUGUGGAGUUCAACUCCCAGAAUUGUGGGAGUUGAAGUCCACAUAUUAAAAUUGUUCUGGUUAAGAAACAUUGCCUUAGAAGAUUAUGAAGAGGUCAUAUCUCAUUGUAGCUGCACAGGGGUUCCUGUCCUGAUACAUACUUUUAAAUCUCUUAAAGUUGUAUCUCAACUGCUCUACAUUUCUUAUUUCAACCCAUAAAACAAAAUUUGUGUGAGUGAUGUAUUUAAAAAAGCUGAUUUUGGGUAUCUUAAACAGCUGGAGAUAGAACAAAAUGGAAAAUAUAUGUGUUGAUUUGGCUCUUCCAGAUUAAUUUCUAAAACGAGGAGAAUAAAUAAAAUACAUUGUGCAGUCUUUGUGACUCAGUGCUGAAUCCUAUCUUUACCGUACAAGUUGGGUGGUUAGGCUCAAGGCUUCCACUGCUAACACAUUGCCUUCUGGUCAGAUAAUGCGGUUUAAUGCUAUGAACUGAAAGAAAAAUUGUAUGUAAUACAAGAACAGUAUAUAGAUAGUUUGUCUAGAUAUAGGGGGGAUGAAAUAAAAGGGAGUCAGACUGUUAGAGCACAGUACAAAUUCCACAAGUCCAGCUAGAAGCUACAUCAAAUAAAUUAUCCCUUAAAUUAUGUGGUUUAUAGGGAAGUUUAGCCAUUGCAAGCCAAUUGUAAUGGUAUGUGGGAAUGACCUUGGUAGACAGGGGGAACAGCCACAGCCAGGAAACAGUCAAACAAGAAGCAGCUUAGCCUGCAGAAGCAAUGUGGGCAUGGCAAAUGGCUUAGAAGGGGCCCUCCCUAGUUUCUUGGACCAUAAAGGUGACGGGGGUGAAAUAUACUUUUAGACUUGCAAGAUUGAUGUCAGCCUUGCGAGCACCCCUGGCUGUGGCUCUUCUCUCCCAAGGUCUUUCCCACAUACUGUAACACCAACAGGCUUGUCAAUAAAUUGACUACAGCAAAAUUUUUCUUAAAAGAUCAGUAAAAAUCCAGAGUGCAUCAGUAAAAAUGAAUGGAUAUCAGGGUUCUUUGUAAAGUAUACAUAGAAAUAAAGGCCCUUUUGCACUUAUUUCAUUGUUUGGCAUCUAUAGAUUUCUAGUAAUGGGGUAAAUUUAAAACUAUGUUGGCAAUAUUUAGUAUUUUAGAUUAUUUUGCAAUCAUUAAGCCACUGAGAAAAUUCCAUCGGUAACUAGUGAAAGCAUCUACAUGUUGGGUCAGAAAGAAAGAUGUUUAUAGUGCUAAACUGUAAUUAAUUAAUAGGUAGGAUAUCUUAUUAAUUUCAAGAAAUUAUACCAAAGAGUAUAAUGUGUCAUGCUGAUCGUAUUGGAAAAUGUAUGUAUAGAUUUUAUUUCAGUGCUUUAUCAAAGCAUUUUGCUAACGAACGUGUAAUGGUAUAAUUAGAAACAUUUUAUGUACAUUUGUUUUUGGGAAUUAUAGCUUGCAUAUUGUAAGCAUAGAUUCUUGGUUGCCUUAGGAAGUCCCUUCCCAGUUAUUGUUAAGUUUUCAUUCUACCAACAUAUGACUUGAUCUACUGGCUGCUAUUAUAAAUUAGAUUUUAUGCUGCAGUUUUAAAUAAGAGAAGUAUUUUCUAGUAAUUAUGAUUUCUUAUUCCAAGGAAUUAUAAUUAAUAGAAAAAGCUUAAAAGAGCACUUGAUUAAACAGAUUUCCAGCAUCCUGUGUUGGAGAAAUGUCCUAGCAAUUGUUAUUUUUGUAAUUUUCUAUUAGUGAAUCAUCAAGGUCCAAGCAAUGUAAAUGACACUAUUUACAAUUUACAACUUACUUUAGAUCAUAGCUACCAAAAAUGCAUCUUAUACAUCAGUUUUCAGUUAGUCUUAAUAUCCAAUGUUUUUUCCAGAUUAUACUUGAAAAUUGUAAGUAAUAGGAAGAGCCUGUCUAUGUUUACAAAACAAAUUACUGAAGAUGUCUUUUGGAAAAUUGUGCAGCAGAUGAAUGGCUCAUAAUUUGAUAAUAUAUUAAGACAGCAUCUUCUGUUUCUUGGUACCAAAGAACUAAUAAACUGUAUCAAACAUCUUACAUUCUAUUGCAAUCCUGAUGACUCCCAGAACUCUGGAAUUACACCAUGAAAGCUUGAGAGAGUGGUUUAAGGAUUAUGGUCUUUUACCUCAAUCCUAAAUAUAUUUACCUGGAAGUUCUACUUAUUUAGUGAACAUGACUUAACUAUACGGCUUAGGACUGCACAUUAUAGGGUAUUACAGAACUGUUAUCCACCGUGUCUUGUUUUUCCCCAGUGUAAAUUAAUGGCCAUAAGAAUGGCAUUCAUAGUUUGGCUAAGUUGCCACAACCUGUGUAUGCGCCAGUGGGUACAUCAGAUAUAUUGCACUCUUUUUAUGACAAAGGUGUAUGCAAGUAUUUUACUUAAAUAUAGAUCUCCCUGUUGUAAUAGUAGGCUUGCAAGUAUUCAAAUCUAAAAUGGUAUGAGGAUACUUAGAGGAUACAUAAUGUGAAUGAUGCAUCUGUUCUUUAUGUUGCAGAUAGUAUUCCUAUGCACAGAAAAAGCAUAUUGCCACUAAUAAUUUAAUAAAAUGACUUUUUAAAUGGGCUUUUAUAAAUGAACUAUACAAGACAGAUCACUUUGCCUGAAAUUUUCCUAUUUUUAACUGCACCUUAUAAUAUCUUCAUGUAUAUUUUCCACCAGUGUAAUAAUUUUCAAUCAUGUUUGACUAUUUUGUAUAUCAAAGUACAGAUCAUGUCUUAAUUAUAACUGUUUCAAAAAAAGCGUAAUCUUUAAGCCCUUUUUUGCCAAAUUGGUGAUACAUUAAUGUAUUAUGGCAUAAUCAAUGCAUAAGAAAAUAAAUAACUUGGAAACAGG